AUGGAGCCCAUUCCUAGCUUUACUCUUGUGCUCGCUCCACUCGCCGCUGUCAUCCUGCACGAGUUUGUUCUCCGGCGAGUAGAAGUCGAUCAUUUGGCUGUGCCAAUCAUCGGGUCUGCGCUGGCGACGUACUGGAUCCUCGUAUACUACUCGGAUCUCGUCACGGCAACACUGGUGACGAGCUCGUUCUGGGUUCCGCUUUGGCUGUACAUAGGAGCCUACCGUGCCUUCUUUCACCCGCUGAGAACAUACCCGGGGCCGUGGGCAGCAAAGCUCUCCCGAUGGUGGGCCAUCAAGCAGACGUGGGACAGCGAUUUGCACUACCACAGGGUACUACAGCGGUUGCAGACGCAAUAUGGCGAUUACGUUAGGACGGGACCGCGUGAACUCACCAUCUUCGAUGCCGAAGCCAUCCAGCCCAUCCUCGGGGCUCAGUCCAAAACCACAAAGGGCCCCUUCUUCGAUGUCAUGGAGCGAUCGCUGCAUCUCAACCGCGACAAGGCGUUUCACCGUCAGCGGCGCCGAACUUGGGAUACGGCAUUCAAGACGGCACUGCCUGCCUUUGCGCCACAGGUCGAGCACUUUACCGACCAGCUGCUUGAGCGGCUCCGCCGCGAAGAAGGUCAGCUCAUCCCGCUCAUCGAAUACACAACGUACUACAGCUACGAUGUCAUGGCGGCCCUGGCAUUCGGCCAGCCCAUGGGCUUCAUCAACGGCGACCACAGCGACAUCGCCGCCAGCCUCCUCGCCACCUUCACAAAAAGCGUCACCCUCAUCGGAUACAUGUACCACAUGCCGUGGCUCAUGAACACAAUCGGCUCGCUCACGUCCUUUGCAGGGCCCAUGAAAGAAUGGCGAGACUGGAGCGUCAGUCAAAUGCGCACUCGAAUGCAGGUCCGCAACGCAAAACCAGAUCUCAUCUCACACCUGAUUGCGUCGACGCCCAAAACCGCUCAGGGCCGCGACCUGCUCUACGGCGAAUCGCGCCUCAUCAUUUCCGCAGGCAGCGAGACAACCUCGACAGCCGCAACCUUCAUCCUGAUGCAGCUCGCCACGCACCCAGCGCACCUCGCCGCCGUGCGCACCGAGUUCCUCGCACACGCAGCCACAUACGAUUGCCAGCGCGCGCUCCCCAUUCUCGAUUCCAUCAUCAACGAGUCGAUGCGCAUGUGGCCCUCGGUCUUCUUCGGGUCCCAGCGCGUCACGCCCGCCGGCGGUCUCCACCUGCACUCGCACUUCAUCCCGGGCAACAUGCUGGUGCAGAUUCCGCUGUUCCCUGUUUUCCGCGACGCGCGCAAUUUCGUGGCUCCCGACGAGUUUGUGCCGGAGCGCUGGACCACGCGGCCGGAGCUCGUGCGCAAUAAAAGUGUGUUUAUCCCCUUCUCGACUGGCCCGUAUAGCUGUGCGGGUAAGGCGCUUGCGCUGAUGGAGCUGAGGAGUUUGGUCGGGAGAGUCGUGGCUGAGUUUGAUGUCUUUGUCCAGGAGGGCACCGAUGUGCGUGCGUACUGGGAGGCCAUUAGGGAUAAUUUUACGGCGGGCGCGCCGGGCGUGCGCGUGAGGUUUGUGAGGGCCCCGGCUACUACGGCAGUAGUGGCUUGAAGGUAUGUAUGUGGAGGGAAGUGCGUUAUGUACGUAGUAAUAAU